GCCCGCGCCGCGGCCUGGCGCCGCUCUCACCUCGGCCCCGAGGCGGCGGGGGCUGGGGGAGGAUAAAGCAGCAGCAGCAGGGGCUCCGCAGGCACUGACGUAUUAUUAACCUCAUCCCACUGCUCAGCAUGGCGAAGAAAUCGGAGGCUCCUCUUUCCUUAACUGACUGCCUCUGCCAAAUCUGCAUGGAGAUCUUCGUGGAGCCCGUGACGCUGCCGUGCAACCACAGCCUCUGCAACUCCUGCUUCCAGCUCACGGUGGAGAAGGCCAGUCUGUGCUGCCCGUUCUGUCGCCGUCGGGUCUCCUCCUGGGCCCGGUACAACGCCCGCAGAAACACCCUCAUCAACUGGGAGCUCUGGGAGAGGAUUCAGAAGAAAUACCCCAAGGAGUGCGAGCGCAGGAUUAACGGACAGGAUUUGGAAGAUGAAAUCUGUGUGUCCCAGCCACAACACCAGCUGAGCAAGCCCGGGGAACUGAGACAAGAAUAUGAAGCAGAGAUUAGCAAGGUGGAAGCAGAAAGGCGGGCGCACGAACAAGAGGAGAAUAAAGCAAGUGAGGAAUACAUUCAAAAACUGCUAGCAGAAGAGGAGGAGGAGCAGAGGUUAGCAGAAGAGAGGAGGAAGGAGUUGGAGAAGCAACUAAAGCAAGAUGAAGAGCUGGCCUGGCAGCUGAGCAACAGUCUGAAUGAAGACCCUAGAGGAAGCGGGCCCAGCAGUCCCUCACCAGCAGGCACUUUCUCAUCUGAAACCUCUCCCGUUAACAUGUGCAAAGUGAAGAACAAAUCGAGCAGCUCUGGGGACAUUCAGAAGUACCUGUCUUCAAAGUCUCAUCCUGCAUUGGGAUCUACAUCAUGCUCUAGAGGAACAGAAAGAGGCAGAGCUGACUCUUGCUCUCUGGAAAGCAAUAGCGGCGAAAGUGGCACCUCCGCGUGGCGAGAUGAGCAAGAGGAAAUGCCAACACUGUCUCCCCAGCUGACCAGCGUGGCCAAGGAUUGCAGCGGGAAGGACUUGUUCUUGGAAUCCUGCCUGAGCUUCUUAAGCGCCUCGGCUUCGGUGGAGUUCCCUGCUGCCAAGCAGGAAAAAACACCAGGACCAAGCCCUGCAGGGGGUGAAGUUCCAGAUGCGCUUGGUGAAGCCACCAAAGAGAAAGGGUCUGGAGCAAAGAGAAGAGAAAUGGAUGGGCUCGAGUUGGAUGGUGGUGGUGGUCUGGAGCGUGUGGAAAGUAGAAACCUUGAAAACUUGGCUUCAGAUGUUUCCAUGGUGUCUGAGAGCAGAAAUGGGAUUCAUGGUCUCCUUAAGGAGGCUGGAAAAGCGUAUCAAGAGCAACAGGAUAGAGAAGAAAACCCUAAGGAGACUCCAAAAAGAAAGCUGGGGGAAGCCCGGGCCGAAGCUGUGGUUGACUUGGGUUUGCUUGACAAGAGGAGAAGAACUUUUCCAGAAGCUUUAGAGGACCAAGGGGAGCAGUUAAAGGAUUUUAACAUGCAAAUGCAGAAAGCUUUUGAGCAGGAGCUCUAUGAAAGGCGAGUGCAAGAGGAGCAGGACAGGCUUCUGGCUCUGCAGCUGCAAAGGCAGAUCAACAAGGAGGAAGGGACGCUGAAUCGACGGAAGGGCUCUCCAGACGAGUACCAUCUUCGCACCAAAACAUCUCAGUCUAUGAAAGACUCUCUUGUUAGAAAGGGAAGUUUUAAGGGGGGAAAGGACUCCAAGCUACCCAAAAAACAACCUGAAACAAAUCACCGCAAGGCUCGGAAAGGUUCUUGCAAUGAAAACUGGCAGUCCCCCACCAGGCUCCGGAUGAAAUCGCCCAGCAUCAAAGGCGGAAAAGUUUUGAAUUGUGUUGUUAAUACCAAUGAAUCAAAUGAUAUUUGUUCGUUACCGAAAAAUAAGCAAAAGACAAUCCUUCAGAUGUUUAAAGGAUCUGUUGCAGAGUAGAUCAACAAAACUAUGGAAGAAUAGUCAAAUAAUUGAGAGUUAAAGCCAUUGUAAUGCUUUUUCUUGUGUUAGGCAAAACUUCCAAGUUUUAAAGCUGAUGAUUUUGAGUGGGGGAUCACUUAGGGCCACAAGUGCACCCAGAAUUGUGUUCUUUGCAGAAGUUUUAAUAACUGAAGCCCCCAGACCUUAACAGUUUUAAUUGCUUUGCUCUCAACUGCCGUUUUUUCCCUAGCACUGKUUUUUUUAUAUACAUAAUUUUGAAUGUAAAUGCUGUUUAAGAAAAAAACAAAAAGAACAAAAAUAACUUACCAUCUUAUCUUUAGAAUGACAAAUAAGAACUUUUGUGGGAAAAGUUCCUUCCCGCUGGAAACAACACGCCUCUCCAGCUGGGCACAACCAUGUGGAACCCAAGCAAGCUGCUGAAAUUUAGGUUGUUUAGUGAAUGGCAUCGUUGGCCUGGCAGUUACUGAGUGUUCCCAGAGAGCCCAUCUCUCCCUCUCUCUGUAACACACUAUUAGCCUCAUUUUUAGACAAAGAAAGAAAACCGGCUCAUCCUCCUACUGUAAGGAGUUGUGGGCUUUUAUCUGCCUCAGUUCACAGGGCAAAAUCGAGCUUCUGCAAAUGGAACAUUCAUUGGAGCUAGGAAAAAUGCUGUUGUUGUUCAUGUUCUGCAACUUCCUCAUACUCUGAUAAUAUUACCUACAUUUACUGCUGUCUGUUUUUCCUUCUGAUCCUGGUUUGAGUUGGAUUAAAAGCAUAUACUCUGUAUCAAAAAAGAAGAAAAGAGCAGGCUCCCAUUCCUGUGGAGAAAAUAAAGCUGAGGGGGUAGGCGGAGAGCAGAAACCUUCAGUUGUUGAUGGUGACAAUUAACGAUUGAUUUAAUAUUCAGCUUUACAUUAGCUYCUGGGGCUGUGUACAACUGUUCUCCUAYUUGUUUUCUUUUUCUUUUUCUUCUUCUUUUUUAGAGGAACGAAUACUGUCUUCCACAUGGCGUAAGAAAUGUAACCUUGUUCAAAUAAAUAACCAUUUGAACACCA